GAGACGUGCAGUCAGAAAACUUAUCCAUAACAUGAAAGACAUAUUGGCAGCUUGUCUUACCAAUUUGGGGCAUAUGAUAGCUACUAAAUGCAGAAGCAAUGCAAUUGAGGAAAGGUUAGAAAGUGUUCGAGAUGCAGAUAUCAUUUUUGGGAAAAGUGAAGAUAUUUUAAAAUUUUUUGAAGAACAUAAACUUUCAAGUGUUGGUCCCAGUCAACCAUUAUGUAUUGAUGAAUGGCGUGGAUGGAUUGAGCAACAAACAACAACAGUUUCAUCUUCUGCAACAACCAAGGGAACAUCCUCCGCAGAAUCCAAUGAACAUGUAGUUGUUCAAAUGCAGGCUUGAUUUAUAUAUGUGUAAUAAUGCUUAUGGGUGCUUUCUUAAUUACAUGUUACUUCAAAUGUAGAGUAGUUGUUUUGUUUGUGUGCUUUUAUUAUGU